AUGGCGGAGUCCAACACUUUCAAGCCCGUCGUUUCCCGUCGGUCGUCUGUCUCCGACAAUGCCAGUGCAGCAGAUAAGUUGAAGCAGAUGGAUCUGGAAAAUCAGAAACAGCAGGUGGGCUCUGGCUCAGACACGGAGGGGGAAAUCGGUCGACAGAUUGAAAUGGAAUCGGAGAAUUCAAUUAAGUACCGUACCUGUAGCUGGCAGAAGACGGCCGCCCUCCUGUUCUCCGAGUAUAUCUGUCUGGCUAUCAUGUCGUUUCCAUGGUCCUAUUCCGUUCUCGGCUUGGUCCCGGGAUUGAUCCUCACCGUCGUCAUCGCCAUGAUUGUGCUUUAUACUUCGCUGGUCAUUUGGAAGUUCUGUCUGCGACACCCACAUGUCCGUGACGUGUGCGACAUCGGCCAAAUGAUCUUCUGGGACUCCAAAGUUGUGUGGUACCUGACUGCGGUGAUGUUCUUGUUGAACAACACAUUCAUUCAGGGCUUGCAUUGCUUGGUCGGCGCCGAGUACCUCAAUACCAUCAGUGGUCAUGGAGCCUGCACCAUCGUGUUCUCACUGGUCACGGCUAUUAUCUCGCUGAUCUGCUCACUUCCACGCACCUUUAGCGCCCUAUCCAAGGUGGCUACCCUGUCGGCUUUUACCACAUUCAUCUCCGUCAUGUUAGCCCUCAUCUUCUCCGCCAUCGAGGACCAUCCCGCGGGCUAUACCCCGGAGAAGGGAGACCCCAUUGUGAAAGCGAUCCCUGUGCCCGGAACGACCUUUGUCUCAGGAAUGAGCGCCUUUCUCAAUAUCAGCUACACCUUCAUCGGUCAGAUCACGCUGCCAAGUUUUAUUGCGGAGAUGAAGGAGCCCAAGGACUUCUGGAAGUCUGUCACCGCCGUCACCAUUGCCGAGAUCAUCGUGUUCAGCUUGGUCGGCUCUAUCGUGUACGCCUACACCGGUAACCAGUACAUCACGUCGCCGGCAUUCGGCUCUCUGGGUAACGAGGUAUACAAGAAAGUGUCCUUCUCGUUCAUGAUUCCGACGUUGGUUUUCCUCGGCGUGCUGUAUGCCUCCGUGUCAGCGCGUUUCAUUUUCUUCCGCUUGUUCGAUGGCACCCGCCACAAGGGUAACCACACCGUGCUCGGAUGGGCCGCCUGGACUGGCAUCCUCACCAUCCUUUGGAUCCUCGCCUUCAUCAUCGCCGAGGUGAUUCCCUUCUUUUCCGACCUGGAGUCGAUCAUGAGCUCCCUCUUCGAUUCAUUCUUCGGCUUCAUCUUCUGGGGUACGGCCUACCUGCGCAUGCGCCGGGAAGACUAUGGACCCAAUUUCUACAAGAACCGUGGUAUCCGCGGCUGGCUGGGCGCGAUUCUCAAUGUUACUCUUAUCUUCGCUGGUUUCUUUUUCUUAGGACCAGGAACUUAUGCCUCCAUUGAUAGCGUCAUCAUCAGCUACCGAGAAGGAACCGUCGGCACUCCUUUCUCCUGCGCCAACACGGGACUGUAG